UCAAAUACGUGUAAAUAGACAUGUAAAGCUACUGUGGCAUUUAAAAAUCAAGAUUACUUUUAUUCUACGUCGCAAGAAUUGUUUGAUGAUGGAAAACAUUUGCAAGCUAACAUUCCGGUCAGACUUAAUUGCGGGGAUUUCCCCUAACCGUAUAAACCUGUUUGAAUAAAAUUUGAAUUCAUCGUCUGCCACGGAAUUAUUCUUUAUUCUUUAUUUCACUUUGCGUGUUAUCUUGAGACCAAACCUGGUUCGUCCAAACCCAUCUAGAAUGCUUAUAAAAGCGAGGAGAAAAAUAUACACAAAUUUCAGUGCGUCGUUGAUCGACAGAGGAUUUUGAAGUGUUUGUUAUUUUGGCGAAACCCUAAAAUGAUUAAGGAACUGAUAGUAAUCGGUGCAUUGAUUGCUGCAUCUACAUGUUUCCCCGCGGUUGAGCAAACCGUAGCUGUAGUACCUGCGGUUAAAAGCAGUGCCGUCGUGGUGCAGACUGAAACCGACGAUGCUUCGGAAGAGCUAGAGACGGCGGAAUCGGCUCACCACCGUGGGCAUCAUCAUCACCACCAUCAUCAUCAUGGGCACGGAGGUUUCGGUUACGGUGGUUACCGCGGAGGAUAUGGCGGCUAUGGUGGUGGUGGAUACGGUGGUCCCGGGUAUGGAGGAGGAUUCGGUCCCGGGCUCGGUGGAGGUCUUGGAGUAGGAGUUGGAGUUGCGGUCGGAGUUGGGGGCGGUGGAUUUAUCGGAAAGUAGUACAUCAAUAAAGUGGAACCUUUUAGAACGUACCUGUCAUAAAACAAAAUAGUUAAAAUCACAUUUCCAUAGAACAUCACGGUAAGCUUCUUUCUUAAUUCGAGUGCAUCCGUCACAAGUGAAUACGACGUUCCCACAGCCGUAUCAGCUAAUCGAACAUCAUUAAUCAUUUCACAUACGACCCGCAUAAUAAUUCACCUAACAGUGCUUCUCUGGUUGAUAUUUUUAAUAAUCAUCUUCAAACCGUUCCGUAUCAGAUAACCUCGCAUUUUUUGUGUGAUAAACGUAACAAACGACGACGUGAUGGAUCGAUGCCGAAGUUGGUGCGGUCAGAAUGUGCAUUUUCGAAUUAUUAUUGCAAUCAAUCAGAUACUGAAGCAACCCAAGGUCUGCUUCAAUGCACCGUUUUACGAGUGUGGCAACCGGUUCGAAGAUGCAUUUUUGUCCUAGUUAGGAGCUUAAGUGCGGAGUACAUCGAUGAUUACCCCUGGUGCUAUGCUGAAGUCGUAUUUAGAUGGUGGCGGAACGGCAUCAUUCUGUCAUGUAAACAAACGUGCCCGGUGCGAACAUCAUGAUCGUCGGUAAUGAAUAUGUUUGUAUGAUUUGUAGGAACUGAUUUCAUGGAACAAAUGAGCUGACAUGUGAAUAGUAGUAAUAAAUUUAAAUAAAUUUACUCGACUACGCACCCCUGGUGGUCGGUUUAAUGAAUGGGAGUACUACGUCAUUGGCGGUGAUGAGUUUCAAACAUUCU